ACUACAAUUUGUCAUUCGAAAAACCAUUAACUGGACGAUAGUACAGCUUGCCUACCGAAAUGAAGGCAUUUAUUGUGCUCUGCAGUGUAAUUUCCAUAGUUUAUUGCAAAACUUUAGGCACGCACUCUGCCCUUCACAGAUCCGGUCAGAGAUGUGUUAAUAUGUGGGACGAAGGUUGCAUCAAUGGACAACUAAACGGUGCUGGAAACGACGAUGACUACCUGAACGGCGGCUUCAACCCCGGCAAGCGAUGCGUCAACAUGUGGGACGAGGGGUGCGUUAAUGGACAACUCAAUGGUGCUGGUAAUGACGAUGACUACCUGAACGGCGGCUUCAACCCCGGCAAGCGAUGCGUCAACAUGUGGGACGAGGGGUGCGUUAAUGGACAACUCAAUGGGGCUGGUAAUGACGAUGACUACCUGAACGGCGGCUUCAACCCCGGCAAGCGAUGCGUCAACAUGUGGGACGAGGGGUGCGUUAAUGGACAACUCAAUGGUGCUGGUAAUGACGAUGACUACUUAAAUGGGGGUUUUAAUCCUGGCAAAAGAUCCUUGCACAGUCUUCUGGAAAAGCUGAGAAAAGCCGGACACCACGUUUAGAUGUUUUUACUAAUCACUGACCGCUAAUAUUUCUCUUUUAUUUAUUUUUUCUUUAUUGCUUUCCAUUGUUAGUACGUAGGGUUAACUCCUCUCAUCACUUGUAAUAUCUAUUUACUUAUGCUUUAAUAAAAAAUUGCCACAAUGUCCACCA